AAAAUGGAAUGGGGAGGAGAGUAUUCUUUUGAUUCUUCCAAUUUAGACUGUUUGUUAAAUGUUCUCCCUGGAGAAUUGGAAUUCCGACAAAUCCUUAGUGAUCUUGAUGAAAAAAUAAAGAAGAACUCUUACAGUAUAGAAAAGUGUCUUAAGGACCUGCAAUCGGACAUAAAUGAAAUAUGUACUGAUGAAGUACUACAAAGCACAACUGACUGCAUUCAGUGGCUAAAUAGCUGCAAUUUUAGUUCUCUCAGACCUUCUUCUACAGACCAUGGAGAACUGCUGGAGUUCCUUAAGACCCUGCAAAGCUUGUUGAAGAAUGAGAAGAAUCAAGAAGAAAUGAUACUUCACUUCCUUCUGGACCUCUCUAGUCAAUGUGGUGUCUCAUUUCCCUGUACUGCAAGUGGGAUGUCAUUUGAGUUAACGUCUUCGCUUCAUACCAUUCAGGAUGAUUCAGCUGUGGAUGUGAAAUCUCUUUGGGACGAUGUGAGAUUGCAUCUUCGACAAUUUUUAGUAAACAGACUGCAAAGUCAAGAAGAAACAAACACUAAUGCUUUGCCACAACAAAUGGAGUUUAAAACUCAGUGUGUACAGCAGCUUUUGUUUCUUUAUCCCAAAUCAGAAGUCUUAAUGAGGUAUCAAAAUAUGCAGAAUAAACUGGUUAGUGAUCUUCUACAAAACUGUAUUUUGUCUAGUUGUGGUGAAACAAAUUUUGAUAAGGUGGUUCAUGGUUACCAAAGUUCCAUACCCCGAUUGUGCACAAUGAUAAAAGAAGAUUUGUAUAUACUAAGUGGAACUAUUGGUCCAUCUUCGUCAUUAAAGUUUAUUAACGAAACUUACCUGGAUACCAUCACUGAAGAAAUGACAAUUCUUCUUGAAAGACUUUGUGAGCUGCAGUUCAAAGAAAAUGCUCUACACAUUGUUAAAGCAAACAAGAUUUCAAAGAAGCAUAGAGGAAGAGUUCAUGCUGUGGCCUCCCAAGAAUACCACAGGAAAGGACGGAACUUCUGCUUAACCUUAUAUCAACUCAAAUGUCUUUCUCAACUUAUCAAACUCUUCAUAUUAAUGGAGGAAAAAAUUGAAGAGCUCUCCACAGAAAUUCUGCUGCUGCCUUCAUUUACGGAGAGGAAUAAGAAUGUUCAAGGAGUUCUGAAGAGAGCUAGUGGGGAGCUUUUAAUAGGAGAAACUAGAGCAAAUGAAACCAGCGUGCUUCCUGAACAGUUACUUCAGGUAGAAAAGCCUAUUUUACUGCAUUUUGGCUGGAGAAAUGCAUUUAAAGACCUGUCUUCUUCUGUGGCUCACUGUAUAACAAUAGCAAUUGAGGAUUUUUCAUCUAAAAUUCUUCAACAUGAGCAGAAAGAAGAGUUUUCAGCUGCAGGCUGUGCAAUGAGUCUUGUAAACAACCAGCAAAUGAGGGAGUCCUGCAGAGCAGUCCAACAGGAAGAGCAACCAAAACGAAUUGCUAAGUUUUGUUCUGACAUCGUGGAAGAACUCGACACAUUGCUUCCAUUGGCUCUGGCCUGCAGAGAUGAUUCUCUUCAGGAAAUUAGAGCAAACUUUGUAGAGGCCUGCAGCAAAGUGGCAACGGCUGUUCUGGCAAGACUAGAGGAGAAAAGCAAAGACGUUCCUGUGAAGGCUCCCCUGCAAGACUUGUAUGCUUCCCUUUCCACGGCGAUAUAUGUCUUUCAGCAUUUUACAAUGUAUAGCAAUUUGAUGAGAGAAACAAGCAAAAGACCCCUGUUCCUAGUGCCUAUCCAAAAAUGUCAAGAAUUCAUCAACAUUCUCCAGUGUCAAGUUACGAACUACUGCAUCAGAGUUUGUGCUACAAGCAUUUUACAGGAUGCUGAGAGCCACUGCUGGGAUGACUACAAAGCUUUUUAUGAGGGGGAAAGAUGCUCAUUCUCUGUCCAGAUGUGGCAUUACUUCUGCUGUGCUCUUCAUCAUGAUCUAUGGACUAUUCUACCUCCAAAGACAGCCCAGGAGAUUCUUACAGAUGUACUAGAGCGAUCUUUGGAUAUUCUGUCCUCCAGAUAUUGUCAGGUGUGUCCCAGUUACAAAAGAACACCACAAAUCAGAAUUGAUAUUGGAGCAAUUUUGAUGUCCACUGAAGAUAUUCUCUGGUCAAUUUGUAGUUCUGUGCAGGAGUUUCUGAAUCCACACAAAGACAGAGAUCUCAAGAUCUAUAAAAUACAUAGCCACUGCAAUAGUCUGAUCUCUGUGCUGGCUAUUUUAACUUCACCAUUGAAGACUUUGUAUGAGACAUUUCUGGAUAAUUCUGAUGAACAUCUUCCUCAAGAUUUUUCAGAAGUCUCUUAUCAGCCAUUGCGCUGGUUAUUUUGCAUACCGUCAUCCUGUUUUUUCUUUGUAAAGACUCCAUCAGCCAGAGAAAUGGCAGCCCAAGGUCUGCUGAAGCUGCUCUUAUCCCAGCCAUACUGUAAUUUGAACUUGCUUUUGGAAACAUUGCUACACCAUGAUUGUCUCUUAGUGAAAAUUUUGCUGAAAAGCUCAAGUAAUCAAGCAUUAAAUUGUGAUGAACAAAGUUCUCUCUUGGAACAGGAAAAUAACAAAGCGCCUACUCUGAUUGAAACAGUCUUCACAGUAUUGUCUUACUGCAGUUUAUCACCCAAAUCUCUUGGCGUUGCUUUUGAGUCCUACAUGGAAAAAGAGAUGCUGUGGAACUGCUUAUACAAUAUGACAGUUUCCAGUUGUGGUGAGUCGGAGCCAGAAGUUAUCAGAUGCUUGAAGUUGACAUUGAUUAAUUCAGUGAAGGGUAUAGUGAAACAAAUAAUUUCUUUGAUGCAUUCAUGGGAAGCAACAGAAAACUAUGGAACAUACCAGCACAAGCAAAUAGUUCCAGAAAGUUUACUGAAAACCGUUCCAAAGGAAUGGAAUUACACUCCUCGGGAAAUGAAGAGAAAAGAAUCUGGGAAAUGCUUCACAAGGCUUGCAGCUCAAGCAGUAUCUAUUGUAAUCAGCAAGUUACCUACAGUGAUUGCAUGUUUGCCUCCCCCAGUUAAAUACUUCUUUUUUCUGGCUGAGAGAAAAAUGUCAAGAAACUUUGCUGAAUUGAAGAAAGCUGGUCUGCUUGUCUGGAGCUUGAUUGUAAUUAUAUGUCGGAUAUUUGAGGAUGGAAAUACUGCAGAAUUUUUAACAGGUGCAACACUUGACAGAUGGAGCAAAGAAAAACUCAGUUUAAUUCGUGUGUGCUUAGAAAGUAUUAUGGGAAAACAGAAAAGUGGUCCUAAGCAAGUGACCCAGAAGAUUAUACAAAGCAUUGAGCAGCAAAGACCAAACUGGAUUGAAAGCCAGUUGCUGAAGGCAAGAAAAUUGAGCAUAGAUUGUGCCUCAGUCACAGUUAAAAGUGGAACAUUAGAGGAAGGUGGUAUUGCACUUGGAUUCUCUGAGCAUAAUAUAAACAUGAUGGUCCUGGAUAUCUGCCACAAACCAGGUGGUAGUGAGUACCUGAGGCAAAUUUAUCACAUCAUCCGGCUCAAUGAGGAAUAUUUGAAAGAGCAGCUGUCUUGUGAGAAUGCCUCUGAAGAUGGUAUUACCUCGAGUCAAUGUCCGCCUUUGACGCUGAAGGGCAGACAAGAACAGCCUGUCUUCAACCCUUUCCAGGUGUACAGACAAUCUUAUGCAAAAGUAUUCAAUCAGUCAGCCAUUACUGAAUGGAACUGGGAUUGGUCAAGCUUGCUGUCAGGUUACUUGGGACGGAAUCAGAUGGCCUUCAGGAUGCUGCUGACACACAGGUGGGAGAUGAAAGAAGAUGCAGAUCUUGAAGAUGAGGAGGACAUUAUGGUGGAACACUUAAAAAAUGUUUAUUUGACACAAAGGACUUUCUCAGAGGAUAAAGAAGAACAAUUACCUUGACAGAUUUUGGUAGCACCUUUCUUCUGGAUUCAACAAGAUUAACUUAAUAUCAUAAGUGCUAGAAAGCUCAGAAAUAUAUAUCUUGAGUAGGACUUCUAACCUAAAGAGUGUUCCCUUGUUAUUGUCUGGUCACGCUAUCCAGGAAGCAAUUGUUCACACAUGCAUUAGGUGAGGAACAGUACAGGAAAAUGUCAGUGUCACAAAACAGGGAGAUCAUAUCUCAGUACUGCAGAGGCAUAAACCUGAAUGACAAACUGAGAAUUGUUUCACAAAUAUAAGACUCACUCUGACAAUAAUGCAAUUUUAGACAUAGGCUAAGAAAAUCUUUCUGGUUUCCAUCCACCACUUUGAAGUUGGAGUCAGCCUGCCCCCAGUUUGUGUCACUCAAGGACCUUUUCCCUCCUUUGGUGCUUGUUUAUUAAAUUACCCAAAAUACAUGAAAAGGGAAAGGUAUAGACCAUAUAGCUACAGUCCUUUUUGAGUUUCUCCAGGAUGAGUAUGCUCGGCCAUUAUUCCAAAUCAAAAAUGCAUCAGUAUUAAUGGCUUCACAAAUCCUUACUUAACAGCCAGUGUAUUUUAUGGUUUAAAAAACACAUAGAGAAAUUUUAGAAGCUUUGAGAAGAAUUUUUUUCUUUAAAAUAAUUAUUUGCAGGCAGUGCUCACAGGAUUAUCUUAAAAGUGAAUUGAGAAAAUAAUAAAUAAUUUAUUUUUUUAUAAAUAUAGUAAAAUUUCGUAUGCAAAGUAAUCCUGGUUUGAUAUUAAAAAUUUUAUGAAUAUUAUAUAUUUCUCUGAAAAAAAAUCUUUAAUAUUAUUAAAUAUUUUUCUUACACACUGAUUAAAACUAUCAACAUUUUCUAUAUGGAAGGUCUGAUUAGUAUCUCUUUAGCUCUACAGAAAUAAUACAUAAUUUUUCUGUAAGUUUCUUUCUUUAGAAGCCCAAUGGAAUUACUUUUUCUGCCUGAUGAAGGACUCUGGCAGGAUCUUACUAAGGGUGCAAUCUGAGCAGAGUUGUGUUCUCAGCAUAUCUUCACACAGAUGAUAUUAUGGACAUAGACCACUUCAGUAGGAUGAAGGCAUGUUUUUUUCCCUUGAAGGUUUCAGCAGCAUCAUGGGUAACCCUACUGCUAGUGCUGAUUUAGGGUCUUAUCUGAAAUGCAGUUUUUUCUCCUCUUAAUUGCUCUUUUUUCUUUUCAUAUAAAGCAUCAGACCAUUUAAAAUUAAAAUGUGGACAAUCGCAUCUUACAAAUCUCCAAAGAUCCUGUUACAACACUGCAACACAAAAGAGCUGUGAGGCACUGUAGCUUAGAAAAUGCUAAAAACAUUAUUUAAAAAAUAAAGCAGACAUUUUCCUCUGCUGCCAGUGUAGUAAUUUCAGAUCAUAAAGGAAGAGAUGAAGUGUGAAAACCAUUUAUCUUUGCUUUGUAUUUCACCUUUAAAGAUUACUGGUGGACUUCAGGUUUAAAGGGAGUCUACAGGGAUCUUCCAUGACAGCAGGUUUGGUAUUUUGACAAAUGAGGCACACAUAUUCCAAGCCAUACAAAUAAUGUGUUAGCACAGAUGGAAACUGGAGUUCAGAAUAUUCUCUCCUAUUUUAUCAAAAUCUAUCAUACAUAAUUAACUUUUUGUAUAGUCACAUAAAGUGCCUAUGUGGUGAAACUGAUUGAAAUACUUCUUGUGAAAAUGCUCCCCUUCUGGGAAAUCCCUACUCUGAAGAGGACAAACUUUGAAAGUAAAUAAGCUAAGUGAGAAUAAAACCCAUCACUUACACUUAAGUGGGAAUAUCCAUACAGUCAUUUCCCUGGUCCUGUUGGCCACGCAAUUUCGGAUAAAGGCCAAGAUACCAUUGGCCUUCUUGGCUACUUGGGCAGACUCUGGCUCGUGUUCAGCUAGUUGUUGACCAGCAACUUUUCUGCUGUGUCGCUUUCCAAUCACUCUGCCCCACACCUGUGGCAUUGAUUUGAGGUGUUGUGAUGCAAGAGCAAGUGUUGAUCCUCAUUCCACUGGCCUCAGCCCACUGAUCCAGCUUCUCCAGAUCUGUUGUAAAGCCUUCCAACUCUCCAACAGGUCAACACUCCUGCUCAAUUUGGUGUCAUUUGUAAACUGGCUGAGGAUGCCCUCUAGUCCCUGGACCAAAUAAUUGAUAAAGAUAUUAAGCAGUAUUGUCUCCAAUACUGAGCCUUGAGGAAUGCCACUUAUGACUGACCAAUGACUAACAUGCAUAAGAACAUAACAGCAUAAAAGCUGAACCUUUGCACAGUAUUUUAUUUGGAUGCUUUUCCUAUCCAAACCUGUAUGUGCAUCUUUUAUGGCAUCUGAGUGCAAGCAAAUGUGUAUUUUAAAUUGUACUUGACCCACAAUUCUUACUGAGAAAUAUCAGGGCCGAGAAAUAUCAUACCGAGAAAUACAAGAUUAUUCCUCUUUGGACCUGCUGGAAAUGUAAUCAUUCCAAAUAACUUUUAGGGUAUAAAAGGGACAUCAUCUUGGCAAUAUUAAUUAAUGCUGAAUACACACUUCUACAACAUUCAUAUUUAUUCAAUAAAAUUACAGUAAUAAUAAGAAUUGUACAACUAAGAUCACUAAGUAACAUGCCAUUAGUUUAUCAACACUUUGCUUUAAACUUAAACACUUCAUUGAAAAUUGAAAGAGCUGACCAUUUUUCCAUUGUGUAGAUGUUUUCCAUAGAUGCUUGUGUGUAAAAUUAGGAAUACUUUUAUAACUGUAAGACUGCUGCUUUCUUUGGCUUUUCUUCAUAAAACAAUAGUUCUAUAUUCUUUAAAAAGUUCUGCUGAUUGUAAUAUUGAUUUAAGAUUGAAUUAAUUUUUAAGAAUGAUGCAGUGUCCUGGCUCUUUGACAGUACUUAUUGAUCCAGGAAUGUCUCACAUGUAUGUUUUAGCCUAAAUAAAUAAAAGCAACAUAAGUCAGAUUAGUUGGCUGCAGUGUGUGCCCCAAGUUUCAUGACCACUGCAAUUUGAUUGUGUUAAUUCCUCCUGAAAAGUUGGUCAAAAAAAACCACUAAAGUCUGUUGUGCACAACAGACCUUUCUGAGUGGGCAAGAGCUGGCCUCACUGUCUCAACUGAAUUAGCUCAAAAGGAAGUUAUUGUAUUUAUAGAAAUUAAUUGGGUCAGAUAGCACAAACUAGGUUAACUAUUAUCAUUAAU